AUGGAGAGCCGAAAAGAUGAAGCUACUCAGACCAAGGGAGCAGCAGCCUCAGUGGAUACCCAGAACCAAGGGUCAGAGAAAGGAGCCAAGAACAAGGCAGCUGAGACAACAGAAGGGCCAGGGUCAGAGCCAUCCUCAUCUGGCCCAGGUAGGCUGAAGAAAACUGCCAUGAAACUCUUUGGUGGCAAGAAGGGCAUCUGUACCUUGCCUAGUUUCUUUGGAGGGGGGCGGAGCAAAGGUUCUGGGAAAAGCAGUUCCAAGAAAGGUAUUAGCAAGAGCAGGACCCAUGAUGGCUUGAGUGAAGCAGCCCAUUGCCAAGAAGACAUUGUCAGUGAAGGAACUGGCCUCUCCUUACCUUUGCCUGAGUCACCCUGCCAACUUCCCAGUUCUCAGAGUGCCCACGGGGCUUUGGAGACAGGUUCCAAAUGCAAGAUGUCUGUGUCUGGAGCCAUAGAGAAAGCUGGGGUUGAGAAGAUUUCCUCUGUGAUCAAGCCAAAGAAAGGCCUGAAAGGUUUUUUCAACAGUAUUCGCCGUCACCGGAAGAAUAAGGUUUCUGGUGCUGAGCAAAGUGAGCCAGGAGCAAAGGGACCUGAGGAGGCCAGAGCCAGGCCUCAUGAGAAUGUGAGCUCAGCCCUUCUGUCCCAUGCUGAGGAAACCCUUCAAGACCCAAGAAAGGAAAAUUCCAAACCCCAAGAUGCCCAUGGACCAAAAGUUUAUUCACCAUCAGAGACUUCUCCAGCAGCCACUGAAGAGACAACCUAUAAAAAUCCAGAGCAACCCAUGGGGGUCUAUGCCUCAGCACUCUUGCAGUCCAAACCUUCCCCUGAAGCCAGUGUCCCAGAAGAGCCUCAGAACUCAGCAACAGGGGAGAAGUUGGUGGUAGGAGAUAUAAAUCUACUCAGUGGCCCUGCGGGGGACCAACUGAGCCUCUUCUUUGGAGAUGUCACAUCCCUUAAAAGUUUUGACUCACUGACAGGUUGUGGUGACAUCAUAGCAGAGCAGGACAUGGACAGUAUGACAGACAGUAUGGCCUCUGGAGGCCAGAGGGCCAACCGAGAUGGGACCAAGCGAAGUUCUUGCCUGGUUACCUAUCAAGGAGGUGGGGAGGAGAUGGCCUUGCCAGAUGAUGAUGAUGAAGAAGAAGGGGAGGAGGAAGAGGAGGUUGAAUUAGAGGAGGAGGAAGAAGACAUGAAAGCAGAAGAUGAAGACUUAGAAUAUCUGUGGGCAAGUUCUCAGAUGUACCCAAGACCCAAUAUGAAUCUGGGCUACCAUCCCACCAUUUCACCAGGCUACCAGGGCUACGUGCUGUUUGACCCAGCUCGGUCUUAUCCUUGCCUAGCUCCUGGAGACCUUUUGACUCCUCAGAGUGACCAGCAAGAAUCUGCCCCCAAUAGUGAUGAGGGAUAUUAUGAUUCAACCACCCCUGGAUUUGAGGAUGAUUCAGGAGAGGCUCUGGGACUUACCCGCAGGGAUUGCCUGCCCCGAGACAGCUACAGUGGAGAUGCCCUCUAUGAAUUUUAUGAGCCAAAUGAUAGUCUUGAGAACUCCCCACCUGGGGAUGACUGCCUUUAUGACCUCCAUGGUCGCAGCUCUGAGAUAUUUGACCCCUUCUUGAACAUUUCUCGGCCACCUGGGACAAUGGAGACAGAAGAAGAACGGUUAGUGACCAUACAGAAGCAGUUGUUGUAUUGGGAACUUCGGCGGGAGCAGCUCGAAGCCCAAGAGGCCCGGCAGGCACACACCAGGGAGGCCUAUACCCAAGAAACUCAUGCAAGGGCGGCUCAUGCCCGAGAAGCCCACACCCAGGAAGCUCAUGUGAGAGAAGCCCGAGCCAGAGAGUCCUGUGCCAAUGAGGCUUGUGCCCGAGAGGCCUGUGCUAGGGAGGCCCAGGCCCGAAAGGCUCGUGGUCGAGAGACCCAAGUCAGACAGCCCCAGGUACGGCAAGAGAAGCCCGUCGUGGAGUAUCAAAUGAGACCCUUGGGCCCAUCAGUGAUGGGCCUGGUGGUAGGGACAUCAGGGGCUUCUCAGACUUCACACCGAGGAACCACGUCAGCUUUUCCUGCCACUGCAAGCAGUGAGCCGGACUGGAGGGACUUCCGUCCCCUGGAGAAGCGUUUUGAGGGAACCUGCUCCAAGAAGGAUCAAAGUACCUGCCUGAUGCAGCUCUUCCAGAGUGAUGCUAUGUUUGAGCCAGACAUGCAAGAAGCAAAUUUUGGAGGAUCUCCCAGAAGGGCCUACCCUACUUAUUCACCCCCUGAAGAGCCAGAGGAAGAGGAGGUUGAGAAGGAAGGGAACGCCACCGUGAGUUUCUCACAAGCCCUUGUGGAGUUCACCAGCAAUGGGAACCUCUUUUCUAGCAUGUCCUGUAGCUCUGACUCUGACUCAUCCUUUACUCAAAACCUCCCUGAGCUGCCCCCUAUGGUGACCUUUGACAUUGCUGAUGUAGAACGGGAUGGGGAAGGCAAAUGUGAAGAGAAUCCUGAAUUACACAAUGAUGAGGACCUUGCAGCCUCUUUGGAAGCUUUUGAACUGGGCUACUACCAGAAACAUGCCUUUAACAACUACCGCAGCCGAUUCUAUCAAGGUCUGCCCUGGGGUGUGAGUAGUCUCCCUCGAUACUUGGGACUGCCUGGCAUGCACCCACGACCCACACCUGCUGCCAUGGCUCUCAACAGGAGGAGUCGUUCCCUUGAUACUGCAGAGACCCUGGAGCAGGAACUAUCUAAUUCUCACCUUGCCCAAGGCUACAUGGACCCCGAUGAGUUUCAGGCUCAACAGGAAGAUUCAGAAGAAGAAGAAGAAGAGGAAGAAUGGGGCAGAGACAGUCCCUUGUCCCUCUAUACUGAACCUCCAGGGGCCAGCGACUGGUCUGCAUGGGCUCCCUGUCCUCUCUCAGAAGAUACAGGCCCUGCCUGGAUAAGUAACAGCCAGUUGGAUGGGCCUUCUAGCCACUCUCCAUAUAGGCAGCAGGCAGCCUGUUGCAUACCUCCUGUGGCUAUGUCAGUAAUGCUGUCAGUAUCAGGGCGAGAGUCAAGGGAAGCCGGGGAAUCUGGGCCUCAACUAGCUCGGCCUUCGCACCUACCCCUUCCCAUGGGCCCUUGUUAUAAGCUCCAACCACAGGACUCCCAGAGUGUAAGGGCCAGGCCUCGAGAUAAGCUGCUGCCUGCUGAUGAGCCCAGUUACUCCUCCAGUUCUGGAGGCUUCAGUCCCAGCCCUCUGCCCCAGGUCAAGCCUGUGGGCAUUACCCAUGGCAUCCCUCAGCUGCCCAGGAUCCAGCCUGAGCCUCUGCAGCCUCAGCCCAUUCAGUAUGGGGCUUCCAGCCUUGAUCUGUCAAAGGAGAAGGCCGAGCACUGUGCCUCUCCACCAGAAUGGAAACCUAGCUGA